UGAUGCAGCCUGCUGCAAACGGGUAAAGGUGCACAGGGAAAUAACCUUGCAGGGAGUCCUCCCCCUCCUCCUCCUCCUCCUCCUCCUCCUCCUCCCUCCGCGGGGAGCAGAGUCUGCGGGCAGCGCAGGUGCCCGCGGGGCCAGCAGCGCCGGGGCCUGGAUGUCGGCAGCAGCUCCGGAGGCUCUCUGAGGCUCGGGCACGGCAGGAAUGGCUCUCGGCAGGAGGAACUGGUCCGAUCUCUCCAGCCUGGCCAGGCAGAGGACCCUUGAGGAUGAAGAGGAACAGCAAAGAGAGCGCCGGCGAAGGCACCGGAACCUGCUGUCCUCAUCCUCAUCAGUGGAUGAAGAACCUCUCAGCCCUGCAAAAGACACCAGUGCAGCUCCCAGCAGACCGCAGUCCCUGGUCAAGGCGCUGCUCCCGGAGGACGGGAAGGAGCGGAAGCUGUCGGAGGUGCUGAACACGCAAGAAGCCAGAAGGACAAGGGCCCCGAUGGCCAUCUCCGAAAAGCUGAGGCAGGAGAAGGAGCAGCGGGAGCCGGGGGGGGGAGCGAGCCCUGCCGAGCCGGGGCCACAGCCGCCCGCGGGGCAGGAGAGCAUCCAGGCUGGAGAGCAGGGGCGAGAGGUGGCCAAGGGCAGACAGGACCCGCCCGGAGAGCAGCAGCUGGAGUCAGCCUCCGAGAGGAAGGUGGUGGUGAGGGGACGGCUGCAGGACAAAGAGGAGCGAGGUGUGGGAGCGCCUCGGGGGGAGCAGAGGAAGGAGGCGGCAGACCCACAGCAGCAGGCACCGCCGGAGGUGGGGAGCUGCCGGCUGCGAGAGGUGAAGAUCCUGAGCAGGCAGGGGAGCCGCAGCGCCGAGGAGAAGCCAGCCCCGGGCGGCAGCUCAGCGCUGGAGCUGCAGCAGCCAUCCAGGAGCCCCUCAAAGGUGGUGAUACAACUGUCUGCCACCCAAGAGGUGUCUGCAGAGAAGUCAGAAGCUUCUCCAAGUCACAUCAGCUCCAUCAGAAGAACCAGCCCAAGAACUGUCUCCUUUCGGAUGAUCUCAAGGAAGGAGAAGGAAGAAAGCCAAAGCCCUCUGACGAGGAGUGCGAGUCUGAGGAUCCCAGGGAGCAGCACUGCCACCAUUGGGGAGAAGCUGGAGAAGUACACCUCAGCCGUGCAGCGCUCAGAGGGGGCCAAGUGCUGCCUGGCUGCACAGAAGGGGCUGGUGCUGCCCUCCGAGGGGGUGGCCACCAAGCGCAGCUUCUUCGAGGCCAGCGCCCCCGGCAGGGCUGAGCCUCUGCCCGGCAGGAAGGACAACCUGAAGAUCCCAGGCUCGGUGACAUCUCGCAUCAACCUGUGGAUCAGCCGAGCUCAGGAGCCUGCCAAGGAGGAGAAGAGCAAGGACAUCAGGAGAGUAAACAGCCUGGCAAGUCGGGAGGUCUGGGUGAGGAGGUCUGGAGGCACCCCCGGAGACACCAAGCUUCCCACCUUCUGUUGCAGCUGCAAUAGGAUGACCUGGGCAAGCCUGGUUUGCUCUGAAGACCAAAGCCAGCCCUGCCCACCCGUCCAGCUCACUGUCACAAGUCUGCCAUGCUGUGUGUAGGUGCAGCACAGCUCACCAGGGGCUCCUGCUUGUGGGAUGGAAGGAAGGAGGCUGGAAGAUUAUCCCUGUGCCCCCAGCCCUCACUUGCAGCCUGUUUGGGAGCUCUCUGGCCUGGAGACUUCUUGCAGAUGCUGAGGGCAGACUCAUGUCUGACUUCCCCCCAAGGUUUCGGUGCCUCCCUGGCUGUGCCCCCACGACCACUUGCAAAGAGGAUCAGCCCAAGCAGCUCCCCUGCAGCUGGGCCGUGCCAGGGGGGCAAGAACCUGCCUGCCCAAGGGAACUUCAGCUGCAGGUGCAGGGACCUUGUCCAUCCCUGCUGCCUGGCUUGCGUGGGCUGAAGUGGGUGGAGUGGAGGUCUCCUCCACCAGGCUGUCACUGCUGCAGGGAGCCAGUCAAAGGCACUGUGUAGCCUGGAGAUGCCUCCUGCAGGAAGGGUGGACUCGAUGGCCUCAGUGCUUCCUCCCGACAGGCAGCUGAGCCAAAGCCAGAGGCUUGGCCUCCACCCUGUGGUGCAGGUUAAGGCCUCUGGAGGGUGUAACAGAUAAUCCUUAACCUACACCAUCCUGCCCUCACCACCCCCUGCCCCCUGCAAGCAGUGCCCCUUUCACUUACUUGAUACAGGGAGCGUGGGCUGGCCAUGGCCCUCUGCUUGGGGUUGCCUGGAGCUGUGCUGGGCCCCUGCUGCAAACUCCUUUCCCUGUCCUCCCCCUCCCCAUCCUGAGCCCUUUGCUCAUGGCUGUGUAGACCUCUGGUCCUGCCCUCCAGCAGGGAAGGAGGUGCUGGGGUGGUCUCUUGAGGCCAGCUUCAGGGUGCCACGGGCAGCCCAUGGAGUGAUGCUCAAAGCCCUGUGCUGGAGCCUCUCAGUGUGCUGGGGCUGUGCCUCCAGCAACCACUGUGGUGUCCGAAUUGGCUGUGGGACUCUGCUGCUGCCUCUGGGUCUGGUGUUGCUUGCUGGGCUUUGGAAAGGAUUUUGGCUUCUCUGUGCCUUAUUUUUUUUGUUUCUAAUUUCUAAUAAAGGUUUCUCUUUCUAA